AUGGCCGCCACGUAUAAGCAGUUCCUGGCUGCGCCCAACUCGUCGUUGCUCGCUCCGAACGCGACCCUCUACUACAUCACCACGACCACCACUUACAGUGGCCCUAGCGAGAUCAUCAAGCAUCUCAACACCCUGCGCAACCAGGUCAAGAAGCACAAGGAGGAGGUCCUGGAUGUUGUCGAGGGUCGUGAUGCUAUCGCCGCCGAGGUAGACACCACUCUAGAGUUCGUCACCAGCGGAGGCGUCUACCUGCCCGGCCUGGAUGACAACUUCCUGGCCGACCGCACUGUCUACCUUCCUAUUAUGCAUGUUGUGAACUUCGAUGGCGACGGCAGGAUUACACAGAUCAGACAGACUUGGGACCAAGGCGCCCUCCUGAAGCAAUGCGACAUCAUUGGCAGGUCGGGCCGAAACUGGCCCAUCCGGGACAGCACCGAGCAAAUCAAGCUCAUCACCAAGGGCUUGAAGGCCACUGGCAAGGCCGACACUGCUCCUGACACCAACGAGCUGAUCAACCGCACACGCGGCAGCUCGACCAACGCCCUCCGCGACCCGCACGCCUCCCUCUCCUUGUUCGCGCCCAGAGAGCAACAGGCUGAAGAAAGCCCCCGGGCUGUCGUGUCACCUUAUGCGGGCACACGACCGCAUCAACGGUCUAUCACCGACAUUCUAGGCAAUGCCGAGCUGGAAGAGCCAGGCUCUCCUAGCGCAGGCCGUGAGCGCGACGCGUCGCCCAGCAAGUUCGUCGCUCCCAAGAGCGGCGCCGGCAAGAACUUCCAGCCCAGUCGCUUGUUUGACGCUGAUGAGCACGCCCAUGUGCCCGACAGUCCCGAGCAAAAGUCACCCGAAAAGUUCUACCGGCCGAACCCCAAGAAAUUCCAACACUUUGACUUCGCUGACGGCUCUGACCCGCAAGAUACCCCCAAGCCCGCCGAGGGCCGUCCCAAGCCCAGCAAGCAUGACAGCAGUUGGUCUUUUGACGAUUUUACAACCCCGCAGAAGAUCAAGCCUGGCAAGACGCAGCGCGCACAGGAUGUUCGCCAUUGGGACACCGACAUCAACAACUCGGCAGUCAAGCAGACUCCGGUUGCACGGGUGGCCCAGGUGAAGGGCCGCCGUGAUGCUGAGGCCCAUUUCGACUUCGAAGACGACGGCCCAGCGGUCACUCCCCGACAGCCGGGACGACCCAAGGGCGCUGCACACAACGAUGGUCUCCACCUCUACGAGAACAACCUGUACAGUGAAGAUGGCAAGCCUCUUCCUGCCGACUCGGACCGUGCUCUGGGCAACAUCACGAACCUGAAUCACCGUCAGAAGGACUUCGAUCCUCAUUUCGCCAUGGAGGAUAACUCGCCUAACCACGCCGGUCAACAGGGGCGGGCGGCGGUCAGCGACUCUCGCAAGAAGGCGGUUACCCAGAUGAACUCCAACUGGGAAUCCUACGACGAGUCUCCCGCGUCGCAGAAGGAGAACAGGCCCGAGGCGCAGAAGGGCCCCGGCAGCGGCAUCCACAUUGCCGGAGACGGCAUGGGCUCGAAGAAGACUAGAGACGAUAAGGAUGCCGAGUCGAAGGGUAUCCACAUUGCCGGCGACGGCAUGGGCGGGAAGAAGGGCACCAACCGAAACUGGCUCUACGGCGACGCCGACGAGGAGGAGCCUAUCAGGGCCAUUCCGCCCAAGGGUGGUGGCAUGACGGCGGCCCAGAAGAGCUUCUGGGACUUCUAA